AAUAUCCCAGCCAGAUCAGGCUUGGUAGUAAAUUGCUUCGAUCCAAGCUGGCGAGGCUAUGAGAUACGUACUGGAUAAUCACCGAAUAUAGCCUCGUCUGACGACGAUAAAUAUCCCACCUUUGCGCUGCUUACCUCGAAUUUUAUCAGCAUCUCUUUCUCAAUCACAACCCAUCUUCUCCAUCAUCGCUUUUUCGUCAAGCAAAAAUACAACUUCUCCAACACAAUUCCUUCGGCAAGCACAACUCUUGGACAUGAGCACCGCCGACAGCUACCUCCCUCCGGCGCUGAGCGCGGAAAGCAUCACCGCAUUGAUCCUCUCCCUUUCCCUCCCCACCCCCACCAGCAUCACCCCCCUCGAAGUAAGAGCCGCGUUUCACUCGAUCUAUCUCAUCACCUUCGCCGCAUCACCCACCACGAAGAUUCCCGCCCGCCCCAACCCGGAUGGCAGCACGACGCUCGUCCUCCGCGUCUCCGGACGCCAACUCCCGCGCAUCAAAACCCUCAACGAAGUCGGCGUCAUGACCUGGGUCCGGACACACACCUCCAUCCCCGUGCCCGCCAUCCUCCACUACGACGCCACCGAGACCAACCCGAUCGGCCACGAAUUCACUCUCCUCGAAAAGGCCUCCGGCGUUAGCCUUGACACGAUCUACCCGACCUUAUCCGAGGCGACCAAAACCCAACUGGUCCGCCAGCUCGCCGACUACCUCAUCGAACUGCAUAACCACCCCUGGACGGACGGAUACGUGGGGGGUCUCACCCUCUCCGCGUCCGGCGAAGUCGCGCGGGGUCCGCCCAUCGACGAAACCUACUGGCAGAUGCCCGACCUGGAGAAAUACUGGUCUACGUCCACUAUCCCUGUAACUGGACCCGAGGAGAAGACGAUCAGUCUGGAGAUCCUCAACCCCAUCCCCCCCGAGGGAUUCACGGACUACGUGGCGUUCACCGUCAGCUGUCUGGACCGGUACCACCACGCCAUCGAGAUCCACCCCGCCCUGGAACCCUACCGGGAUCUGGUCCGCCGCAUCCGCGCCUUCAGGGAGGCGAUACAGCGGCCCGAGUAUGCGGCCCGGCUGAACGAGGUCCCGUAUGUCCUCGCGCACAAGGACCUGCACUGCGCGAAUAUCAUCGGGGUGGUGGCGGCGCCGCGGUGGAAUCCGGUGCGGGCGUUUCUGUGGAAUGGGCGGGAGGGGGAGGAGAAUAAGGCGGAGCGGAACCGGUUAGAGGCGGUGUUUGAGGAGGUGGUGAGGCGGGAGAAGGGGGCGGAGUGGGUGCUGGCGGAGAUGAGGUGGCGGAGUCCGUUGCAGGAGGAGGUGCAGAAGGUCGUGAAUCACUUGCGCGCAAUCGUCGAGGUGGUUCCCCGGGGGCAGGCGGGGGAGAGAGCUGGGCCGUGGAGGACGGUUGUGGAGGAGGGGAUGAAUUGUGUGGCACUUGAAGGUGGGAUGGUGAACUAGAUGGAGAGCUGGACUGGAGUCCGUUGCUCGAAGUAUACUUACUUCAGGUUCAAGGUUCCCUUUCCCCCAUUCGUACCCGCCCGGCUAUCUACUUUACCCGUUCUGUACUAUAAAUCUUUCCCAUUUACAUCACCACACCGCAUGCCAUCCCAACAGCUUCG